AUGGAAUCCAAUAUGCCUCAUAAUGCCGAUUACAUUAUCAUCGGCGGGGGAACCGCGGGACUGGUAGUUGCGAGUCGACUAUCGGAAGAUCCAAAGGUACAGGUUCUUGUGUUGGAGAGCGGCCCCGAUCGCACGGCGGACCUUCGGGUGCAGAAUCCCGGUGCUUGGUCCACCCUGAUUGGAUCAGAGCUUGAUUGGGAGAUGAAGAUUGCACCGCAGAUUGGCCUUAACAAUCGAGGGCAAGAUCAUCCCGCUGGCAAAAUGCUGGGUGGGUCCUCGGCCCUUAACGGACUGGCGUGGGUCCCGCCGUCUCCAGCAGGGAUUGAUGCGUGGGCAAAACUAGGUAACCCGAGUUGGAACUGGGAAAGCCUUUUACCUUAUCUCCAAAAGUCCUGUACGGUAACCCAUCGAGAUCAAUCAUCUACCGGGAAUGGUCCAAUUCAAGUUAUCUAUCCUGCCCUGCAAGAGUUAGCGAGCAAACCUCUUAUCGAGGCGUGGAUCCAGGCAUUCGAUGACCAAGGCUACACGCACACAGACGACAUUUUUGGAGGACCAGUGACUGUGGGGUCUCGUGGUUAUGCGGCUACUAUUGAUCCAGUCAGUGGCUCACGCAGUAGUGCCGAUAGCCAAUAUCGUAUAUCCAACCGCGGAAACAUGAAUAUCGUCACGGAGGCAACAGUACGAAAAAUUGAUUUUUCCUCGGAGUCGCAAGAUGGCUCUCUUGUUGCCACUGGGGUGGAGAUAGAGUUGAAUGGGCAAACUUUGAAUAUCCCAGCAAAGAAAGAGGUGAUUCUUGCGGCGGGUGCCUUCCAAACACCUAAGCUGUUGGAAUUAUCGGGAGUGGGUAAAAGCGACCACCUGAAUCCAUUCGGAAUUCCUGUGAUGCUCGAUCACUCUGGUGUUGGAGAAAAUCUUCAGAAUCAUUUGAUGAGCAUUCUGCCUGUUCCAUUGAAGGCUGAGGGGCUUACCCCCGGGAUUAAGACACUGGCGUUCACGUGUCUCGACCGAGACGAGUUACAACAGAUACUCAGCAAGAGCCCUAGGCCAAACACCUCAGACCGUGUGAUCGAGUCCAUUCUUGAGAGUCCCAAAGAAGCAUCUGCGUGCCUUUUCCUAAGUGUCAAACCUGGACAAGUUGCCCUUUUAGGAGUCAUUUCAAGUUUCCCAUUCUCUCGCGGGAGCACGCACAUCUCUUCCUCCGACUAUAAUGCCAGGCCGACGAUCGAUCCACAAUUCUUAGCAAACGAUAUUGACAUUGAGGUUUUGGCACAUCAUGUGCAAAAGCUGCACAGCUUAGCAAAUUCUCCCGCGCUCAAGCCGUUCCUUGAGCCGAGUGCAGUUCCUCGCGAUCUGGAAGAGAUCAAGGAGUUGCUUCGCAAUGCGACAGCUUUGACAACCCACCAUACAUGCAGCACUGCCUCGAUGCUUCCCCAAGAAGCCGGUGGUGUGGUUUCCGAAGAACUUCGGGUUUACGGAACGAAAAAUGUGCGAGUUGUGGAUGCAAGUGUCUUUCCUCUCAUUCCUCACGCUAACCCCAUGGCGACCGUAUAUGCCGUUGCCGAACGGGCAGCUGAGGUAAUCCGUGCGUCACAGCAUUGA